UAUUAUAUGUGAUAAAUAAUGAAAAUUAAAUCGCAAAAUUAGUAGAAAACCACAAAAUUUUAUUUGUAAAUUAUAAAAUGUAAAUAAAAUGUUCAAUGUUAACGAUUCUACCGAGAGAAGGUCGUCAAUUUUUAGUCCUAGCGGACAGAUAGGAUUAAUCUGUGACGGAAACUCAUUUUGCUUGAAUCAUCUAGGAACUUCCUCUUUUAUAAUAGUAUCUGCUCUUGGCCAGUUUGUAGUAUACGAUUCCUUGUCGCUUAGGGUGGUUUUUAUAUCCCUUCCCUUAAAAUCUAAUAUUAAAUCUAUCGCAUCUGAGUAUGAGAAUGUAUUUUUAGUAUUGAAGGACAAUUCACUGUACGUAUUCCAUAAAUAUGAACACAGAGAAAUUACACAUGAACAUGCCUCUGAGAUUAUUGAUGUUUUUUAUCACCAGAAUCAGUUGGUAACCUACACAGCUUCAGAACUAAUUACAUAUAUUAAGGCUUCUUCUGAUGAUGAUAAUUCUGUGCCUAAAUGGACCCUUGAAAAGGUUAUUAGAAUGGAUAGUAUCUCAGAGAUUACAACUGUUUUCCCACUUUUGGGAAUGAAUAACAAAGUUCUGGUGGGAUUUUUAGACUCUUCACUAAUCUUACUAAACCUUAAAUCAGGAAAAACGUUAUAUAAAUUUACUAAACACAUUUGUAAUGGUAAUAACACAGUAGAUGGUGUUGAAAGUAAUGGUUCUGACUUGGGAGGAGUAUCAGUGAUGGCACAAUCAUGUAAUAAUAGUUCAGGAGUAGUGGCAAUCGGUUACAACAGUGGAUAUGUGUCAAUAUUUGACGUUAAUAAAGAUGAGUUUUUGGGAGGAUUUACCCUGACAAAGAAACAAAACCAACCAAAAUCUAUGAGUUUUGUACUUGAUUAUCUUGGAAUCACAUCAAAAUCUGAUUCCUUAACAAGACCAGAGCUUUUAGUGGUUGGGACUUCAAGUGGAGAUUUGGUAGUUUUUGAUCUACUCAAAUUUGCAGUAAUUUCAACCAUAGAAUUGGCCCAUAAUACUCCAGUUGUUAGACUAAUGCAUAUUGAAGCUGAUAAAUGCUUGAUAUCUCUAGGUGAAAAUUCAAUGAUAACCUGGAGCAUGGACUCUGAUAAGUCAUUUUUAAGAGAAUUGAGAAGUAGGAAAGGGUUUAUUGGAACUAUUAACCUCUUAACACCAUAUGACGAUGAGGAACAUGACCUGUUGGUGUGUAGUAGUAAUGAAGGAUCGGGGAGUUUGGGAAAGAUGUCAACAAUUCAACAACAUCAGUGUGUAACCUUUUCCACGAAAUCUUCUAAAACUAAGUUGAAGAAGAUAACUGGGAUAUCCUCAUGUUACCAAAGACAUUACGACUGGCCCAACAUAGUAACAUGUCACCUUAACUCACAUCAAGUCCACGUUUGGAGUGGAUUUAAGAAGAUUCUGACUGACAAGGUGCUUAAAGCCCCUGAAAUGAACUCAGUUGCAACAUCUGUUUGCCUAACCAAGUGUGGUAACUACGCCAUUGUGGGUUACCAAAAUGGGCAAAUCCAUCUUUUCAUGCUACAAAGCUGCAAUUACGAUUCUGAGUUUACAAGAGGUGAUGAAAAUAACCCGUUACCAGCACAUUCAUCGCAGGUUAUUAACAUCUCACUGGUUGGCAAUUCGAAAAUCAUUUCAAUUUCAAAUUCAAAAACAGACCGAAUGAUACGUGUAUGGGAUGUGAUAAAGGUAAAGAUGGAUAUGGAGUACGACCCAGAGAUACCCAAGGGAGUAGGAGCCUACAAUUCAGCAGUUGGCAAUUUUUUAACAGCACUGGCUUGUACUGACGAUAACAUUUACGUGCUUGAUGUCAAGGGAAAUGUUAUUAUAAGGAAAAUUACAUAUCACUCCAAAGUUAAUUCUAUGAAAUUUCACAUGAAUGAUAGUUGGUUGAUGAUGACGACUGAAAGAGGAACCAUGUUGGUGUACGAUAUAUUAUCGGCUUGUUAUGUUGACUACGUUGAGUUUCUUGGGAAAAUCUUGGAUUUUCAUAUGGAUUCAUCGGGUUCUUUUAUGCUAGUAUCAAAUGAAAAGGCGCCUGGAGUAGUAUUACAAUAUGCAAAUAAACACGCAUUUGAGUUGUUUCCAAAGUCUAUACUUUAUAAAGAUAUACCAAAACAACCAAUUCCAGUAGAUAUUCCACCAUCAAAGAUUGAUUUGGACCAAACAGUAGAGUCGGAAGAUGAGAACAAAACUGAGGAAACUGAAUUUCAAUCAACUAAAUCACAAAUUGAGGCAGGCUUGAUAACGUUAUCGGGAUUAUCAUAUUCUAAACUACAAACGAUGUUGUUUUUAGAUGAGAUUAAGGAAAGAAGUAAGCCAAAAGAACCACCCAAAACAAAUGACAAUUUACCAUUUUUCCUACCAACAACUUAUAAAGAUGGGCAACUGGUGUUUGUGGAACCUGAGCCUGAAGAGAUAGAAACACCGAAACCAAGAGAAUCACUCCUUAAAUCCACAGAUUCCCAGACACAGUUUGAGUUACUUUUAUACUCAAAUCAUGAAGAUAAGUUUGAAAGGAUGAUGGAAUAUUUGUUAGAACAGAGUCCAGCAAUGGUACAUAUAUCACUAGGACUGUUUUCCGAGUCAAAUAUGGAGGAGACAUUGUGUGAGAUGUUGAGGUUUUUUCAGUAUCAAGUGAAGAGUAAAAGGAACGCAGACGCCUUGCAAGUUUUUUUACACCUUUUCCUCAAAUUCCAUGCGGAAAGACUUACUAACCUUAAAAGCUCAGAUGCUAAGAAAAUAAUGUGUGAACUAAAAACGGAUCUAAAAACGGCUUACAAGCUAUUGCAGGAAAGCUUUGAUAAAACCUCCUGUUAUAUCAAAUUCCUUACACAUUUGCAAUUAGAUUAAUUUAAUCACGAUUUAACGCUUAAGUAAACUGUUGUAUUAAUGAA